GUUCACAAGCUCUCAGAGAGAAGGAGGGAGACUGAAGAGGAGGAGGAGGAGAAGUGAGAGGGGAGGAGGGAAAGACUGAGUUGAGGAAUUUCAAUCCUGUUAGAAGGGGGAGAGGGGGAAGAAGUCAGGGGAGUGGAGAGGAACUUUGAACAACAACUUCGUGGAUGUUUGCUGCGCUUUUUCUCAGGAUCAUCCAACAGGAUUUGCGGGCUUUUAAUUUUUUUUUUAGGUUUCAAGGUUUUCUCGGACCGUGUCGGUUCCACGCAGGUUCGGUUCUUGGCGCUGCUGAGAUGCGGUGAUGGGGUGUUUUUGCGCCACAACCGCUGUCCCCGCGCGCCUCCUCUCAGGUGAUCCGCUCCCAGGAGCCAUGGCGCGCAGCCUGGCUCUCCUCAGCCUUCUCCUGGCGUCCUGGGCGCCGGCGGCCGCGGCGCAGCUGUCAGAUUUGGAGUUUGAGCAGAGUCCUGCCUCUGUGGUCACAUCUCAGGACAAACCCAUCGCACUGCACUGCUCCCUGACAGGAAUGUGGGAGGAAGAGCAGGAACCCCCGGAUGUCCUCUGGCUAAAAGACGGGAUGCCGCUCGACUUUGCAGAAACCAACCAGUUUCAAAUUCGCACGGGCAGCAGCAGUUGGACCGUCAGAAGCAUGCUAAAAAUCGAGAAGGUCCAGCUGUCAGACAUGGGCUCCUACAGAUGUGCUGUUCAGUCAGAAAGCGGGCGCCUCCUCUCUGAGGAGGGGGUCAUCCAGCUGGAAGGUAUUCCUCAUUUCUCCGUGGAGCCUCGGCACAUGUCGGUGGUGGCCAACGUCUCCUUCAGCCUGAGAUGUGCGGCCCACGGACCUCCGGACCCGGUCAGGGUCAUCUGGUUGCAGGACGGCGCUCCGCUCAACUCUCUGGACGAUCACAUGGCGUUGUCCCCCUCCACGCUCAACCUCACAGGUCUGAACAGAACCAGCACCUUUUCCUGUGAGGCCCACAACAGCAAAGGCGUGAGCACCUCAAAAUCCGGCACCAUCACGGUUCUGCCAUCGCCGCCGCAGAACGUGAGCGCCGUGGAGACCAAUCAGACCGCGCUGCGUUUAUCCUGGCAGCCCGGUUUUGGAGGCGACUACCCGAUUGUUCGCUGCUCUGUUCAGGCCAAGCGGUCAGCAAAGUCCUUCCCGGAGAGCCCAGACCAGAUGAUCCUCAACCAGAACGUCCACAUCCCAGCUGCCACCGUCCUGAUGGAGGAGCUGGAGCCCCACAGCCUGUACGCCGCCAGGGUGGCCUGUCAGAGCAGCCAGGGCCUGUCGGAGUGGUCGCCAUGGGUGGAGCUGCAGACCGCAGAAGGAGUGCCGGAGAACCCGCCGAGCAACGUGACGGCCACACCCAACGGGACCGAGGUGCUGCUGGCGUGGGAGGUUCCUCGGGGGAAGCUGAACGGAGAACUCCAGGGCUUUUUGGUGGAGUACAGCACCCCCUCUGCAGAGAACAAGGGACCUGCUUUCUCCUCCUCCUCCCGGACUGUUAGCACCGGAUUGGACACGGUGCUGUCCAUCAACCUGACUGCCCCCCUGUCCAACGUGACGUUCCGGGUGUGCGCCUACACGGCGACGGGGCUGGGGCCCUGGACCCCCAUGCAGACGCUGGUGCUCACGCCUUCCGGAACAGAGAGGAUCCACGGGACGCCUCCGGCUUUUUCCUGGCACUGGUGGUAUGUGGUGAUGGCCAUCGCCGGCGCCAUGGCCAUCGCUGUGCUCAUGGCCGUUUACGUGGCCAAGCUGCGGCGCAAAGAGACGCGCUUCGGGGAGGCCUUCGAGCCCAUGAUGGAGAGCGGGGAGCUGGUGGUCAGGUACCGGGCGCGGCGCACCUACAGCCGCAGGACGACCGAAGCCACGCUCAACAGUCUGGGCAUCAGUGACGAGCUAAAGCAGAAGCUGCAGGACGUGAUGGUGGACCGCCACAAGCUGACCCUGGGGAAGACUCUGGGGGAAGGGGAGUUCGGCUCGGUCAUGGAGGGGCUGCUCUCUCAGGAGGACGCCGUUCUGAAGGUCGCUGUGAAGACCAUGAAAAUUGCCAUCUGCACUCGCUCAGAGAUGGAGGAUUUCCUGCGCGAAGCCGCCUGCAUGAAGGAGUUCGACCACGGCAACGUCAUGAGGCUGCUGGGUGUGUGUCUGCAGACGGUGGAGAGCGAAGGUUACCCGUCUCCCGUGGUCAUCCUGCCCUACAUGAAACACGGAGACCUGCACAGCUAUCUGCUGUACUCCAGGCUGGGGGACUGUCCUGUGUACCUCCCAUCAAAAAUGCUGAUCAAGUUCAUGACCGACAUUGCCCGAGGGAUGGAGUACCUCAGCAGCAAGAACUUCAUCCACAGAGACCUCGCUGCACGGAACUGCAUGCUGAACGAGAACAUGAACGUUUGUGUCGCCGACUUUGGCCUCUCCAAGAAGAUCUACAACGGCGAUUACUACAGGCAGGGCCGCAUCUCCAAGAUGCCGGUCAAAUGGAUCGCCAUCGAAAGCCUGGCCGAUCGCGUCUACACCACGAAGAGCGACGUGUGGUCAUUCGGGGUCACCAUGUGGGAAAUCGCCACACGGGGUCAGACGCCGUAUCCCGGUGUGGAAAACAGCGAGAUUUACGACUAUCUGAGGCAGGGAAACCGCCUCAAACAGCCGCCAGACUGCCUGGACUUGAUAUAUUCUCUCAUGUUCUCCUGCUGGCUGCUGAGCCCCAAGGACCGCCCCUCCUUUGAGGCGCUGCGCUGCGAGCUGGAAAAGGCGCUGGAGGACCUGCCGGAUCCUCAGGACCCCGACGAGAUUCUGUACGUCAACAUGGACGAGUCCUCCACGGAGCUGGGAGCCGUGGGUGGCCGUGACCCCCUUGGGGGACUGCCCCCCUUCUGCCUGAAAGGCCGCGACACGGUGACCACGGUGGAGGUCCACCACCCCAACCGCUACGUCCUCUGCCCCCAGCACGAGACCAACCGCCCCCUCUCGGACUCCCUGGACAGCCUGGACAUGCCGGUGUCGUCGUCCACGGCUACGCUGCCCCUGCAGCCGUCCCGAGACUCCACCCCCACCCUGACCCCGGACCCCCCCUUUGAGCUGCGGGAGGACAGGGACAGGAAGAUGCCCUGGCAGUAGAGGACUUCCUCUGAGCUGCCCAAACCUAUCACUGCCAAAGAGUGCCGUCCCGGCGGGGAGAGCUCCCCCCAGCCGUCUGCAGGCUGGGACGCGCGCCCCCACGUUUUACACAUGGCGCUUUUCACGGGAAGGACCGCCACCUCUUUUCACGAGUCAGACUGAACUUCCUGUCGGUACGACAAGCGCAGACAGCUGCAGACCAUCGGUGGCGUCCGUCCACCGGCGUGGAGCCGGGCGGUCACGCCCAAAAAACACAACAAACCUCUGCGGAACCAAUUGAGCAUGCCCAGAUAGAAACCCCACCCCUACUUGGGAAAGGAGGCGGGCUCAUCCUCAGGAUGAGCAGCAAAAGAUUUUUUAAAACCCGAAUCCUGAAUAUUAGUUUUGAAAAGAAAAAUGACUAAUUAGUUUCACUUUUUUAAAGCAUAAAAGUUAUUUUUGAACAGCAAACUAACCAAUAAAAUCUCAGACUUCAGUGGGAGGAGCCUCCACGGUUUCUGGGAGAACAUUUGAUGUUCCAGACGAGGCUUUCAAACGUCCGGAUCCACCUGGGUUUUACUGCUAAGUUCUCCUUUGAGAUCCUUGAAGAACAAACGGGAUCGGACAAACUCAGGAAGCUCCGGAUCUCCAGAGGCUGCGGUUCUGCUGAGGCUAAGCCGGUCCAAACAGGUGCGGUCCAGGGGGGGUGGUCUGUGAGACGGCACGGAUUCUCCAAACGAAGGACGGGUUCUUCAGCUUUGUUUUUGACUCAAGCACAGUGUUGUUACACCUUUUUAUUGUUUUUCUUUUUGACAUUUUCUACAACUUUGCACUAAUGUUUUUGUGUGUUUAGACUUUUGGAUCUUUCAGUUUUUUAAAGGACAUUUUUGGAUGAUUUUGUUCUGCUGAAGCCCUCCUCCAAACUAUUCCUUAAGCCAGAGAACAGAAAAGACUUUGGGAAGUCCAGCAGUAAAAUCUUUGCAUAUAUGCACUUAUUUUUGUGGAUAGAGAAUCUGUAGACCUUUUGCAUAGUUUUUUUUUAAUCCUAAAAACAAGUUCCUGCACAUAUUUUGGGGAAAAAAAUGUUUUUUUUGAGGCGCUGUUUUUGUUUUCGGUGUAAUCUGAGCACAAACACAACAGUCGUGAUCUUCAAACCAUCGGCUGUGUAACCCUUGUGCUGUCCUAGGCACUUUGACAUUGGGAGUUGGGUCAUCUAGACCCACUAGACAGUGCUCUGAACCUUUUUUCUUCAAUGAUUUGUGAUCUUCACUGGUGUCCAUGAAAUCUUUCCACCUUUAUCCACCUUUGUCAUGGUAGGGAGAACACGUCAAUGUAAGGGGGGGGUCAUCUUGACCCCAUAGGAUAGCACAAGGGUUAAAGUUGAUUUCUUUUGGUGCUGUUUUCUUCCAAACUGCCUUCAGAGAGCCAGUAUUUUGCAUUAAAAACACGUCUGGAAUGUUUCACCUGUUACCGAUGUUUUGUACUUGGAGAAGACUGUACAGUUAUUGUCUUUGUAUGCAAACAAACCUUUCUACAGUAUUUUACAAUAAAAAUAAAUGAGAUUCCUCGA